AUGAGUACAGGAGCAGUAGAGCAUGAUAUAUUUAAUAAUAUAAAUGAAUUAAAAUCAUCAAAUAUGAAAAUAUUUAUUAUACCAGCAAUAAUAGGACUUACUAUAAUAAGCACAGUGAUACUUAUUAUAACAAGCAUAGAAAUAGCAAUUUAUAACAGAAAAUUAAUUAAACAUAGAAAUAACAGACCACUACCAAGAAUAGUAAUAACACCACAAGAUAAAGAACAAGAUGAAGUACUAAUAGAAUAUAAAUCAAUACAGGAACAAUUACAGUUAAAUAUUAAAAGACUGUUAAGGAUAAGGACUAUUAUGGGCAUUAUUAGUGCAUUAUUAUAUAUAAUCAGUAUAAUACUGAUUACUACGGAUAAAGAAGUACCAUAUGGUAUACCAGAUAAUGAAAGUAUUGAGAUACCUUAUAGGAGUAAAAGGAGUCUUAUACCAUCUAUUAAUGAUAAUAUAUCUAAUACUUUAUUAGAUAAUGCUAAGAGAUAUUCAGUGACAGAUGACUCUAUAAUCCUAUUCUUAUCAUAUGACAUGAAGAAUAUAGUAAAAGUACCAGCGUAUAAGCAUAUAUUAAGGGCAGUUGAGAAGAGAGUAACGGGUGAAUUACUUGACAAGAUAAGGAACCAUAAGAAUUAUUACUAGAUGGGAUAAUCGUACUAUAAGGAAUACCACUAGAUAGCAUAGGAAUAAGCUAUUAUUAUAUGGACUAAGCCAUUACCAUAAGGAGUAUCACUAGAAGGAAUAAACUUGC